GAGCUUCCUGUCCAACCCAACCAAGGAUGGAAGUCUGCAUUCAAUUCCUGGUAUAGAGCAUGUGCAGCUGCUUUAUAUGUCAUGUCAGCACAUUAAAAUUGGGCUAAAAGAGACUGCUUCUGGGUGGUAGCUCUCCAUGGAACGAGCUACUGAGCUGUUGUUCUUUCCUGGGUAUUGUGAUUGAGAUCGAAAGUUUCCAUCUACCAGGACACCAAGAAGGGCACAAGUAUUCUAAAAGCAAAUAAAGUUUCAUCUGCCAGUGGUUGUAUAUCCAAGAGGACACAAUCCUUGUCCAGCGUUAUUGAAUCAUCCUUACCUCAUACGAUUGAGGGUAUCUAAUAUUGCUUAUUUAACAAAGUUAUCGAUAGCAUUGGGAAAUUACACAAAAUGGCCGGAACACAGAAGAGUUUGGGAAAAGGCAGCCCAUCUCCAGGACCAGUACCUGAUGGAUCAAUUCGAGUUUAUAGCAUGAGAUUUUGUCCAUUUGCCCAGCGGGCAAGGCUUGUCCUAGCUGCAAAAGGAAUAAACCAUGAAUUGGUAAACAUAAACUUAAAAAACAAGCCAGAGUGGUUUGUGGAGAAGAACCCAUUUGGUGCGGUACCUGUUCUGGAGACGAGUAAGGGUCAGCUAAUCUAUGAAUCUGCAAUAGUGUGUGAAUACCUGGAUGAGGCUUUUCCUGGAAAGAAGUUAAACCCUAAAGAUCCCUUCCAAAGAGCACAACAGAAGAUGAUACUAGAACACUUCUCCAAGAUAAUUAUGGUGUUAUAUAAAAUCCUUCCUGCAAAGCAAAACAAGGAAGAUAUAACAGGACUAAAAUCAGAAGUGCAAGAAAAGCUAAUUGCAUUGGAUAAGCUUCUAGGUAAACUGAACAGCAGUUUCUUUGGAGGAGAUUCUGUAUCCAUGAUUGAUUACUUGAUCUGGCCCUGGUUUGAACGAUUUAUACUUUUUGAUGUGAAGGAAUGUUUGAAUAAAACCUCACAAUUAAAUGAGUGGUAUCAGCGUAUGCUGCGGGAUACAGCAGUCAAAGCAACCUUUACUGAACCUGACCUUCACCAAGCGUUUAUAAAACUUUAUUUUAAAGACAGUGUUGACGCUGCUGAUUAUGGCCUAUAAAAAACUGUACGAUCCAACCUCUUCCUGUCUCUUUGCAGUACAUUGUUAUGCAAACGCACUGAAUGUAUUGCAGUCUUUGUUAAAAAUGUAAUAGUUUACCAACAAAUAAACAUUUAUUUAAUCAUCUAA